AAGCAGAAUCGAUCAGCGGCCAUCGCAGCACAUCAGUCUGCGUGGUGAAUGAUGUAGUGGUGAUUUGGGCGGGAUGGUUUUGCAUCGUGUAAUCGAGGGUGCGCGGAUCCUGCGUGUGCCCAUUGGGCCAGCACAAGAUGGUCUAUCGAAAGUUUCACAGGGUGGUGCUGUUGCAUUGCAGUCAAUACUUUCUCGCACCAUUGCCAACGAUCCGGGAAGUUCUUCUCUGGGAAGCGAAAUAGGUGAAGUGCAUUGUAGCUUCGCGGAGCGGACACAGAGUGGCGGUCAAGCGAGCUGUAGUAGCGAGGACAGAAGUGGGAUUUGGGAAGGUCCUUACUCUGCCCCAAUAAAUGGGACAUCGUUGGGUCGACACCUGAUUCAGAAAACGGUGUGUCUGAGCACGUUGGGGGCGUUACUUGGCAACAAUGAGGGGACGCAAGCGGCCAGAUUGAAAAGUGGGGAUGCGAAGGAUCACCACAGGAGCGGCGCCGCUGUUGUACCUCAAUGGCCGUCAUGUACCACCCUUAUGAAAGGAACCUUUGGCCCCGCCCUCCCCCCCCCCUGGCAAGCAGCUUGGCGGCGCCACUACGAGACCCGCAGCGGCGAUCCGGUCACUGUCGCCCCGACCCUCAACCGGCGCGGCAAGAAGCUGGUCAAGCGGCGCGAGUACAAGACCGACGAGGGCGACGAAGCGCUCCUGGCGGACGAGGAGGGCAUGGCGAAGGUCGGGCUGAAAGGGCUGCGGUGGAUGCGGGAGCUGGUGAACACGCCGCGGCGCAAGCAGGAGGGCAUGCUCGAGGACCUGUACAAGGAGAUGCACAACCCGCUGUCGAGCAACUAUCUGCUGUGGGCCGCGGCAGCGGAGGGGGAGGCGGAGGACCAGCGGACGCUAGGGAAGGAGGAGAGGCGCCUGGAUCCCGACGCGGACCCGGACGAGCAAGUCGAGCGGGCCUUUGAGAUGCAGAUCAUUGACAUCAACCGGACCAACAAAGCUACCAAGGGCGGGCGCGUGAUGAGCAUGACAGCGAUGGUGGUGGUGGGCAACCAGGAUGGCGUCAUCGGAUUCGGUACUGGCAAGGCGCUCGAGCCAGGGAUCGCUGUCGACAAGGCGUACCACCGUGCUGUGAAGAACCUGCUGUUUGUGCCGCGCUACCGAGGGCACACCAUCUACCAUCCCGUAGAGGUCAAGUACGGCCAGACCAAGGUGCGCAUGUGGCCAGCGCAGGACGGGACGAACAUCAUUGCGAGCAAGAUUCUCGGCGGGAUUGCGGACCUGGCCGGCAUUCGGAACCUGAAGAGCAAGAUCAUUGGGUCCCGGCAUCCCCAGAACGUGGUGAAGGCCGUCUUCAAAGCGUUUGCAUCGAUCCAAACACCAACUGAUAUCGCCCAGCAAUUCAAUCGACCAGUUGUGGAGGUUCGGAACAUGCCUUUCCGAUGAUCCUACAUUGCUAGUGGUGUCUGGCGAACAUGAGAGGGCAAUUCAAAUGCUGCAAGGAAUGCGAUCCUCCAGGUGGCAUUUGCUUGUCAGUGUUGAACGCUUGUCAGCAAGCUGGGCCAAUGAUAUUCUGUUCGCCUGAUCAGAUUCAUGCAGUUGACAGCGGUACAUGUAGAACCAAAGUCUGGUGCUUGCCUCAUUGGACACCUUUUAACAUGUUGAUUGGAUCAUCAUGCGUGUCUGGCACUCGCACGCCAAC